AUGGGCAAGGAGGGGAUCGGGGCUGUCGGGCUCGGGGCAGAGCUGGGUGAACGAUGGGCUCCGGUGGUCCACGGCAAGCGACUGAGCUGGGACUGGCUGGUGGACAGGAGACACUGCAACCUGAAAUGGCAGAGCCAAGUGCUGGCCAUCCGCGAGAAGAUCAACGCGGCCAUCCAAGACAUGCCAGAGAACGAGGAGAUAAAGCAGCUGCUCGCGGGGGCCUACCUGCACUACUUCCACUGCCUGAGGAUCGUGGAGAUCCUCAAGGGCACUGAGGCUUCCACCAAGAACCUCUUUGGACGCUACUCGUCCCGGCGCAUGAAGGACUGGCAGGAGAUCGUGUCCCUCUACGAGAAGGAGAACACCUACCUGGGUAAGGCAGCUCUGGCUGCGGGCAGGUUCCGGAGAGUCCUCGGGGGUGGCGGUGGGUGGCUUUCGGGUGACAACGUGCGCCAGGAGCUCCUGGCCUUGGUGAAGGACCUGCCCUCGCUGCUGUCCGAGAUCGGGGCGGGAGCCAGCGCGCUCUCCGAGGCCAUCGAGCUGUACCAGGCCUGCGUGGAGUUCGUGUGCGAGAGCUCCGCAGAGGUGGUGGUGCCCCUGCUGCGGCACGUGGGGAAGAGAGGCAACACGACCGUCUACGAGUGGAGGACGGGGCUCCAGCCCCUGCGGGUGGAGCGGCGGGAGGUGGAGGAGGUGCCGGAGCAGCUGAAGGAGGACACGAUCGACUGGGGAGACUUCACGCUGGAGCCGACCGGGGUGGGUGACGGUGCCGCUGCUGACGGCGAAGCCCGGGGCGAGGAGAUCGACUGGGGGAUCACGCUAGAGCCCGGUCCCCAGCAGGAUGAUGGCAUUGACUGGGGAGAUGGUGAAAGCGAGGAGGUGCAGAUCACCGUGCUGGAGGCCGGCACCGAGGUGCCCGAGGGGGUUGCCUGCGGCUCCGAUGCCCUGACGCUCCUGGAAAACACCGAGACCCGGAGCCAAUUCAUCGAUGAGCUCAUGGAGGUGAGUUACGACGUGACAGCCGGGGCUCGGAACCGGGCCACCCUGCGUCGGACCCCGUUGAUCUGCAGCGGCUUGACAUGA